AUGCAAAAACUACAGCAUUUCUUGUGGAACAACUAUUCAGAAAGGAAAGAAGGUGGCCGGUUGUUUGUGAGUUCUAAGAUCUGUCCCUUCUGGAUGAGAAAUUUGAUUUCUGAUGUCCUAACUCUUCGUAGGACUGGGGACUCCAGAUUUGAGGGUCGUGAGUGUGUCCGGUACACCCGAGACCAGCUGUUGCAGUGUAGGGAGGCUGCUAGCAUUCCUGAGGAUAUUCUAAAAAUCAAACAAGAGGUUGAAGCUGAAUUUUUUGGCGAAGAUCAUAGCUGGAGUCGUGCAGAAAGCAGUCUGCAAAAUCAGUCUCAGAGUCGUUAUUCUGAGCUGGACAAUCGUGAUUGGCGUGAUCGGACUGCACAAUUUCCAACUUCUAUAGAAGAGAGGCCAGCAGAAACGUUUUGGGAUAAUAGAGAGUCUGGUGACCGAUUUGACUCUAGACAGCAGGAAGCAUACCAAUAUAAUCGACAAGACCAGCUCAAUUUGCAGUUUGCAAGAGCACAAAUCUCGUGUCUCAUCGCCCUCUCUAUCUCUCUCUUUCUUCGAUUGGAAGAGAAAAAGAUUCUGGGCAAGAAAUGGAAAUUUUCCGAUCUUAGGGGAAAAUUUUUGUCGUCGACGAUGUUGAGCCUAUGGUCCCCCUCUAUCGCAGGUGCUGCUGCUGCUGCUCUAAUCAAGGCUGAGGAACUCUUUUUCUACCUGAGCAAUAAAGAUAUCAUAUAUUUAUGCAUAUUGAACAAGCUGACUCUGGAGAAGUUUGAUCUUCUCAAGGGUCAAUUGAUCAACUCUGGGAUCACAACAGCUGAUAUUGUAAAGGGAGUAAUCUCCUUGAUAUUUGACAAGGCUGUGCUGGAGCCCACGUUUUGUCCCAUGUAUUCUCUAUUGUGUUUCGAUCUCAAUGAGAAGCUCCCUCCUUUCCCAUCUGAUGAACCCGGUGGAAAAGAUAUCACUUUUAAGCGAGUUCUUUUGAAUAUUUGCCAGGAGGCAUUUGAAGGAGCAGACAAACUGAGGGAUGAAGUAAGGCAGAUGACUGCUCCUGAGCAAGUUUCUGAACGCAGAGAUAAGGGAAAAAUGGUCAAGCUUCGCACUCUUGGAAACAUACGUCUAAUUGGAGAGCUUUUGAAACAGAAGAUGGUUCCUGAAAAGAUUGUUCAUCACAUUGUGCAGGAACUUCUAGGGCAAGAUAGCAAGACUUGUCCAGAAGAGGAAAAUGUUGAGGCCAUAUGUCAGUUCUUCAACACCAUUGGUAAACAGCUCGACGAGAGCCAAAAAUCAAAGCGCAUUAAUGAUAUUUACUUCAAUUGA